AAACACGAUCUGCGCGAAUCCAUAUUUCUUUGCAGAGUGCUUGUACUGUGUUCCAUCAAUCGUUUUUUUUGCUGCCCGGGCGCUAAGCAUGACAGUCUACAUUCCAGUAUAGUAAAAAGUUGACUGGUUACACUUGAUCUUACAUCAUGAUUACGACGUGUCUCGGAAAUGUACAUACGUGGACGUAUGCGAGAGGGCAAGUUGCUGACAGACAGCGCGCGAUGUGACUCGAAGAAAUGAAUAGGAGGAGAUUGACGGGCACGAUUCAGUCACACGAUUCAUUUCGAUGUGUUAAUGAUCAAAAGUCGGAAAAAAAGAGAGAAUAUUUCAGACGAAGCGUUUAUCCGACUUUCAUUUCUCUUUUACAACAACUUUUAUUCUCCUCUUCAUUUGAUUCGGCGAUACUUUCUGAUUGGUGCACAUUGUUGUGGACUCGAGAUAUAUUUUCUUGGGAUCUUUAUGAAUUUUUCUAAAAAUUCUAUGAUUCUUGUUAGAACCUCUAAUGAUAUUAAAUUAAAGAUUUGCUGAAGAACAGAAUUCUGUAACUAUUUAAGUGGCAGAUUAGGAUGAUUCGAAAAAUUUUACUCACCCUGAAGCUAACGUUUGAAACUCCUCGAUACGAAAAAUGGUAGAGAAGAUUCCAUUGCGAAAGACCAUUACUCGAUUAGACUUUCCAGCAAUUAUAGCUUUUGGCAAUCCUUUGUUGGAUAUUUUUGUAAUACUGAAGAAUGAUGAAUUGUUUAAGAAGUACAGUCUCAAGAUAGAUGGUGAAAUGGAGUUAUGUGAGAAGAAGCUACAGGAAUUAAUUUCAGAUUUGCCAUCAGAAAUAGAGCAAUGUACAAAUCCCGGAGGAUCUGCACAGAAUACAUUAAGAAUUUUGCAGUGGCUCUGUGAUGAAACCUAUGAAUCCCAAAUUAGUAUUUUCUGUGGCAGCCUUGGGAAUGACCAAAGAGGCACAAUCUUAGAAAAAUUAGUUCGACUUGCAGGAGUGGAUGUGAGGUACACUGUACAUCCAACUUUAUCUACUGGAUUAUGCGUUUCCCUUGUGUACGGUACAUCCCGCAGCCUUGUUGCGAAUCUUGGUGCAGCUAAUGUAUAUACAUUGGAUGAUUUGAAAAAAGCCAAUCUACAGUUCGAUACCGUAAAAAUAAUCUAUAUUGAAGGAUAUUUUGUAACACACAGUUUGGAUGUGGCCAAAGAAUUGGUCAAACGGGCACAGGAAAAGAAUAUUAUUAUAGCGUUCAAUCUUAAUUCCUUCUAUUUAUUUCAAGAGCAUCAAGCGGCUAUUUGCGAAAUGGUUGGCCACGCUAAGAUUGUAUUUGGCAAUGCGAGAGAAAUGAUCGCUUUAGCUCAAGCAUUGAACGUGAAAUACGACGAUGUUACUGACAUACCAUUUUUACUGAACAGUUUAAAAAGAAUCACAGUGGACGUUUCCAGCGCUAACAGUAAAGAUUGGCUGGCAGACGAAGGUAUAUUCAUUAUGACGCGUGGUGGAUGCGCACCAGCAAUUAUCGUAUGGGGCAAAGGACAAUCCGUUCAGGUGCAACCUAUCGUACCUAAAACACCUAUCGUGGACACGACGGGCGCCGGAGACGCUUUAGUAGCUGGUUUUCUGGCCGGUGUCUUGGCUCAUUGGGAUCCGAAGAGUUGUUUAGAAUUGGGAUGCAAAGUCGCGUCUUGCAUAACGACCAAACUCGGUGUCACAUUACCGAACGGCAUACCUCCUGACUUUCUGCCAUAACGAUUCGAUCUCCUUAGGAUGCUAAUGACUAAUCGUUACCUGACGUAUCCGCAAUUGUACGGUUAUUUAUUGCCUGAAAGUUUUACUAGCGAAUUAUCAAUCGUUCAAGUGAUAACUAGCAUUCCUCAUCGAUGUUACAUCCCUGUUUUAUUAAAUAUUUAUUUGAUAUUGUUUCGAUUUAUAAUACGUAUGUAUUUUCGCGUUGCAUCGCGAAAAGAGAUAUAUUUUUUUUCGCGAAAACUUUUAUUUAUUAAAGAUUAUCGUUGCGUGUUGAAUUCAAGUCAUGUACAUUUCUAAAUGCAGUAUUAUUACUAUCGUCGAUAUAAAGUAAGAGAGCGAAAUGUUAGAGAUUUUCCUCGAUAAUCGUUGCCACUAUAGAUCUGUAGUUUAUUUACCCAAUGUUGCAAUGUGCAGAAAUAUGUAACAGAGUUUGUAAUUAACAAUUACGUACAAA